AAUUGGAGUCAGAAUUUUAAAAUGAUACUUUAACAUCAGUCUUCCACUUUGGGAUCUUUAAAUUUUAGUGUCUUAGCUUUUCUGAUGAGAGGUCAUCUUUUCCUCCAAACCAGGACUUUUGUCUGCUCUAACUUUAUAUGAAAUCCAAACUAUUUUGACUAGAUGUCUGUCUUUCAUAAAGAAAGGAAUGUGAAAGUCUAGUAAUUCCUUUUAGCUACCAUUUGAAAGCAAAUUCUUUUGCAGCUCAAAGUCUUUGAUUGCAUCUUAGAUUCCAACCUUACCAGGGCAAGACUCUCAGAAAGCACAACUAUUUUACUGUCAUUUUAUCUGUAGGGUGAGUAGUACGUUAUCACACAAAACUUGGCUUUACGCAAUAUCCUGUUGUGUUGGUGGUGCCAGGGAGUCUGACGUGUGUGUGACUAAAGGAGUGAGUCCUUUAGUAAUCCCAGUAGAAAGUGCUCUCUCGUAGGGUUUGAACACCCAGAGAAUUAUAUAUCACCCUCAUCCUCAUCCUAGAAAUAAACAUUUGUGGGCUAGAGACCACUGCCCUUUGAGGUCCUAGCCACGGAGGGUUCUACCUUUUGCCCCAGGCCUCUGCAGAUCUGUAAGAGGUGGAGGCAGACCGAGGCCGCUUUGGAUUGGUUCCCGCGCUCCAUCCCAGUCUAAUGAGGGCCUCUCUCCGCCCUCUGAAUAGCCCUUAUUUCCUGAACCCGAGGGAAAUGAGCGUCCAAUCAAGUUCCAGGGGCGCGCCGGGGCGGGCUGGUAUUUGAGCCGAGGUCUGGCGCGGGGACGCGCAUGAGUGGCGCGUGUGACCGGAGCCUGAAGCGCGCUAGAGGGGAGGAUUAGUGACGGGGUGGGUGGGGAGUGAAUGGAAUAUUAUUGUUCCUCCUCUUCCUCCUCCUCCUCCUCCUCCUCCUCCUCCUCUUCUUCCCCUUCCCCCCUCCCCGUGUUUCCCUCCCUCCUCUUCCCCCCCCCCCCCGGGCACCCGCCCAUUGGGGGGGGGGGGGAGGCAGUAGGCGGCUUCUAGCCUUUGCUGCCCCCACCCACCGCCGCCCCUGCUGCUGAGGUUGCUUAUGUGGCUGAGGGGAAGGAGCGGAGACGGAUCCGGCGCGCCGCCUCAGCGCCGCGGCCAGAUGGGGCGGCCGGCUCGGUGCCGCCGGCACUAAAGCGCCUGGCUCGAGAGGAAGGAAAAGACAAUCCUCUCUACUUCUCCGAAGACUCGCAUGGCGGCCACCUCCUCGGCCAUGGCUCCGGCUCUGACUGAAGCCACCGCAGCCCCAGCGGCGGCCGGGCCCCGCGCCCGCGACUUGCUGUGGAGACCGGAGGCAGGAGGCCAUCUCCGAGAUUCUGGGCCCGAGCAGGAGUCGUCUCUGGAGGGGGAGGCGGCUGCGCUGCGGGGUCGGCAGGCAGCGCUGUGGGGCCGGGCGCGGAGGCUGUGCCGCCGGUUGCAGGUGGUUCGGGCUCGGCAGGUGGAGCGGCAUGUCCGACAGCAGCUGGCCGGCCUCUGGCGGCACCUAGCCCCUGGAGCCGAGCAGUCUUCACCGCCGCUACCGGCCCCCCCGCCCGCUGCCAGGGCUGCGGAGCUGCAGCGUUUGGUGGGCAGCGCCACCGCCCUGCUCCGGGCUGUGCAGCGGGACUGCGACUCGGACGCGACGGAUACGGGCAGUGGCAGCAGCUGCUGCAGCAGUAGCAGCAGCAGUAUCGGCAGCAGCAGUAGCAGCAGCUGUAGCAGCAGCAGUAGCAGUAGCAGUAGCAGCUGUUCCUCCGGAGGGGAGGAAGAGGAGGAAGAGCCGGCGCUCCAGCGGCAGAUAGGACCGGGGCAGCCUCCGCGCUCGCCCCCACCGACGCCUGCACCCGCAGGGUAUCCAAAAGCAGAAUGGCAGUGGGCACUAGAAAGAGCAGCAAUUAUAUGUCGAUGGACAUGGCUUCAGGCUCAGGUCUCUGACCUGGAAUAUCGAAUAAGGCAACAGACAGACAUCUACAAGCAGCUCAGAGCCAAUAAGGGGCCAGACUACUUGGGAACCCAACUAUGGUUGAGGUUUGCUGAGGCUUCAUUAUACAAGAGUCUCAGAAAACUCUGGCCUGGACUAACAGGUCCAGUUGUUCUUGGUGAAGCCCAACAACCUGAAGAUUUAUUAAAACAGCAGUGCAAAAUGACUGGUUCCUUGAAGGUGGAAAACUCCAAGGAGAAUUGGAGACUUGAUUCUGCUCCAUGUAGUCAUUCUCUUGAACUUCCUAAUGUGGAUAAACAGAGUCCUCAACUCAUGCAAUCAUUGGGAAGUCCUAUAUACCCAACUCCUUCCCUUCAGCCCAUCAAUGGAACUUCUAGCCUUCCAAAAGACCACACGGCAGCACGCCAUAUCAAUGGAAUGAUCAACUGUUCUCGAUCAAAUUCCUUGGAUAACAACUCUCAUACUGAAGAGAUACUCAGUAAAAGGAAGCGAAUGGAUUCUCCAGCCACCUCCCUCUCACCAUAUGACAGCAGUUGUAUUGCUGCCCGAAUCCGCCCUCUGUGCAGAUACAGGAAACGUAAGCUGCUCCGGACCAAUGCAGUCUCAUACCUCAGUAGAAAGCCACAGAAACCCCUUACCAUGAAGUGCAGCUGUGAAUGGCCUCAUACUUGUAUUUUGUGUGAAUUUAAGACAUCUGUCAAGCCUAUAGAUGUCAAUACUAUGACAUUAAAGGAACGAAUUGCAAUGUUGGACUCUGGCUUCCAUCCUAUUCUCUCACUUCCUCAUGGUAGCCCUCUUCACUUGCACUUUGAAGCCCUUCUGAAAGAGGAUCGACUAACCUAUGAAGCUUUGAAGAUGUCUCCACUUAUAAAAGGUUCCCGGGUUCUCACAGCUACAUAUCCAGUGCUAACACCAUCAUCUCUCAGCCCAACCAAUUCACCUCUUAAAGAGGGAAGGCACCUUAAAGGAUCAGCAGCCAGCCCUAGCAUAUUUGCCUCCAGCCCCCAGACACUGAAACCCAGUCCUUUGGAGCACAGUCUGUCACCUUAUCUUGUUGAUAGUUCUGCAGCACCAACCUCCAGCCAGCCCUCAACCAGUUCUGCCUUGCAAACCUCAAAGAAGAAGAGAUCAGAAAACUCCUAUGAUAUCGAUAACAUUGUGAUUCCUAUGUCCAUGGCAACUGCUGCUCGAGUUGAGAAAUUGCAGUACAAAGAGAUUCUGACUCCAAGCUGGCGUUUGGUAGAAUCAAAAGAACAAAAGAUAUUAAAUCAGAUGGAUUCAGAGUUAGAAGAUACAUCUGAUGAUGCUUAUCGGAAUCGUCACACUAAGUAUGAGGAACUUGAGAGAGCCCGCUGGGAUUCCUGGACAGCAGCUGCUAUUUCCCAUAGGCGAGGGAACAGGUCUUCCAAUAAAGGUGAUGGCCGAGGAACUCAGCCUAUUCCUACUUCAAGCCUAGGAAUAUCCCAGCCAGUAUCUCCAGAUACAGCAUAUCAUAAUUUUAAUGAUCUGGCCCACUCUUCUACUGGAACCUCUAGCCCUGAACCUUGCAGCUUGUUGCAGUCUCUUUCCAUCAAAGACAGGACUCGAGUGCCAUCCUCUUGCAGUGAAGACACCUGUUCUUCUACUACUGAUAUUGUUGAUGAUGCAGCACAGAUAAUCCAGCCCUGGGAGCGCCGUACAUUUCCUCUUUCAGACACAUCUUGUCAAGCUCUCUUGGAUCAACCUAAUAAGCUACUGCCUCCUGUCCCAAAGCCAUGGUGUUCAAGCAGAAAACCCAGCCCCAGGACUCACAACAGCCCCCCAGAAUCUCGCCCCAUUCCCAGCAGUUUGCCUGAUGGGCACUUUCAGGCUAACAGCAGCAGCUGCAUUGAGGAAUUCACAAGCCACGAAUGCUCAGCUAGGCUUCUAAAGAACAGAUGAUGCCUUGGGUUUCCAUGAUAGGUGCUGAAUCACAUGCAGGCUCAUCUACUUCUGUUCAGUAUCCAGAGCUUGGCAGGUGAGCUAGCCCAGCAGAAGGGACCCCAAGAGUGGUCACUGCUGGUCAGGAGACCAGAGUCAUAGGUGGACUUGGGCUUCCCCACAGGUAGGUGGGCUUCAGGAUAGGUACCGUGUGGAGGCACUUUCUUUGAGCCACUGAUGUGCCAGGAAGGACUCGUGUAGUUUGGAAGAAAUGCAUCCCACUUCAAGAGUCUGAAGAGAAGGAGAAAAGGUCUAGCUGGCUUUGAAAACCAUGAGGUUUCAAGCUAAAUGUGGUUUGUGGCCCAUUUUAAAGAUGGCAGGGGAAAUGGGAAGAACCAGAUUGGAAAGAGUAGGUAUGCAUAUUAGUACAUUUCUGAUUCUUGGACAUCUCAGGGUUGGUGAGUGUGCCCAAGAACAUUCAGGCAGCUCUCAGGGCAUUUAGUUCUGUGCUCUUGCAUAUUAAGUAAGAAAAAGAGCCACUUUGCAGGGACAGACAAAGAUUAUUUCAGCCCCCCAACAUAUUACCAGGAAGUAUCAGGAACCUGAUUACAGUGCAGAUACAGGUUUAUGUAGAGGAGAUACAGAAUUCCACUGACUAUUCCAUUCCCUUAGGUUCUGUGGCUUGUCUCUUUGUUGUCUGUCCAGCAUAAACAUGGCUUUAUGGCUCCUUAGAGCAGAUGAAGAUCAGGGUCUUCAAAUGCACAUGGCUUGAGUUUUAUUGAGUUACUUAGAUAGGUAAUCCCAAUUUCUUAAUAGUUCCAUUAUUUGCAAUGCUCUUGUAUUGAUAAUAAUUUCUCCCAAUCAUAUAAUGAUUUGGGUGGCUGGGGUUUCAUAUCCACAGUCUCUCUUUGAGCCAUCCUUUUUGGAAAGGAGGGCAUCAUCAGUAUUGAGGAUACAAGUUAGGUUGAAAAGACCAGCAAACUUAAACAAGUUGCAUAUUUCUUGCUAGAUGCUAGAAUUAACAUGCUUUCUUCAACUUCCUACAGGGAAAUAGGAAGGUUAUUUAGCCAUCUGAGGAGUGUCUUUACAGCACAUGUUUCUCACAACUAUCCCAAAUGAAACUCUCACAAUAUAUGUGAUAGAACUAGGUCAAGGAGGGCUUCAGAAAAUUCCUUCUGUUUCUUCUGUUGACUAUUAUAGAUGAUGAUGGUGAUAACUAUUCCACUUCAUAAAAAGAACCUUUCACUUGCCAAAGACAUCACAAAUAUACUUUUCCUUUCUUAACCAUGUGACUGAUCUGUGGUUCUUUAAUAGCAUGGAUUAGAUGUGGGCCUGCCCAAAGGCAAUGGCAUCCCUUAAACCUUACAAAGUCCUUCUGAACUCUCUAUUUUCAUGACAGACCUGGAAAGGUACAAUAUUACUAUAUCCCUUUCUGAUUUCAUAUUACUACUAGUUCGUGGGGGUUUUUUGGAAAUUAAAAACACUAAUUUGAUAAUAGAUGACUUGUCCGUGUCUUGGCCCCUCUAUGAUUUAUAACUAUUGGGUUCCAGAUGCCUCUGUAUUAUUUGUUAAGAUCUGCCAUAUCAAUUAUGAUUUUGGUAUGUGAGGCCCACCUAAGAAGUAUAGAGUUGUAUUCUAAGAAAGCCAUGGAUUCUUCAUUAAAAAUGCUAGAAUACUUACUAGCAGAUAUAGGUCAGUGUUUCCUUUGCCCUGUAACUUAAUGAUCUCUCUCUUGUAAUAGAAAUGGUUUCCCUUCACCUGCUUUUCAACAUUGCAGAACUUUCUACUUUUGUUUCAUAUCUCCAAGCACUCAGGCUACAAGUACCCUAGGUUACCCCUAUUAGUAGUUGUUAAAAGAGAAAAUGUCUUGAAAUUCCCAUGGGCUAAAGUCACAUUUUAUUAGACUUUGCAUGGCACAAUAGCUCUGGUUCUUCAAAUUUCUGGCCAUUUUCAGGCUAUUUUUAAUCAUAACAUUCAGGAAAUCUCAGUCUAAGCUACCCUGAUUAUUUCAAACAAUUGACAGAUAAUUAAUGUUACAUUUCAAUUCCUUUCACCCUCACCUACUGUAUACAUUUGUCACUUUUGGUGUAACUGAUUUGUACAUACUUUAUAUCCUUAUGAUUUUUUAUUUUGUGUUCCUUUUGAUGGGUGAGAAUUGAUGAACUGCAGAUGAAACAUGGGAACUGUUAGCUGCUGGAAUGUCUGAAGGAAGCAAAAUGCAUUUCAAUAGCAACAGAACUUGUUUCACAAUAACUACUUCAAAGCGCUUUGUGCUCAACACUAAAGCUAAGGAGAAAAAAAUAAACUUGAAAUUUAUCAAA